CGCGACAACACCACAAGCUUCUCCACGCACGAUGCCGCCUUCCACGCGCAGCAGGGCUCAGGCUGGGCCCGUGAAGAAGGCACCAGCUCGUAAAUCCCGCACAACACGUUCGAAUAAGCCAGCGUCGGACAGCUGGGAGUUGCUCGCGCCUGCUGAGAGCGACAUCGAUUCCGAGCACGACAACGUUGCGACCGCCAUUGAACAGCGGCAGCAGCCUGGAGCGGCUGCGAUGCCUCGCUCGGAGUCGCCGCUCGACCUGGGCCUCCGCGACGCCUCGGACAGCCUGCGCGAGAUGGCGGAACGUGUUGGCAAAGAGGUCGAGACAUUUGCCGAGCGGCUGGACGAAUUUCUGGACUCGUUGCCAAAGUCCGACACGUACGAGGCUGUGCUUGGGCUGGUCGAUGAAUACCAGAGCAUUGCCAAAGAUGCUGCUUACAAGCUGGAUGCUGAACAUCGAAGAGACAGAGCCCAUGUUCUGCGACAGGAAUGGUCAGAAACCGCUCAAGUCGCGUCGGCUGCCCCUACGAACGCACUAGCAGCGCCGGCGUAUCUUUCCUCGGCAGAGAGCAUUGGCGCAGCCAGGAGAGAAAAGGUGGUGCAGCAGCGAAAAUGGCAGCAGGAAGCGGACAUCUGGGAUCUUUUCAGACUCAUGUUGGAGCUCCAUCACAACCCCGAUAAGCGUGCCCAGAAGCGGGAGCGAGAAUCACGGCUGGCAGACUUGGGCAAUGUUCAUCGCUACACCUCCGAGGCAGAGCUGUGGGACCGCUUCCUCUUGACAGACGACGUUGCGAGUGAAAGAGAUCUGGUGAGACGCUGGCUGGAGCAGACGGUGGAACACCAGGCGAGCGACGUAACCGGCAUCGCGGAGGAGCUCGAAAACAAAGCCGGCCGGGGCAAAGGAUUGUGGAGCCAUGGCUGGACGCACACAAGAGAAACAAUCAAACACGAGAAGCGAUUGAGAGCGUGGCCUGAGCCUGAUGCCCUUCCACUGCCCACACUGCGCCGUAAGGACAACAAUGAGGCAUUAGUGACCAGCCUGGACCCGGACGCGGCCUCUAGGCAGAAUCGUGCGCUCGAACAAGCAGAUGCAUUCGCUGAGCGGGCCCUGUGGAUCACAUGCUGGGAGAUGCUGCGAAGGGGCAGAAGCUGGCAGGAAGUCAGCGAAUGGUGCGAGCAACAUCAUGAGCCCUGGAGAGCAUCCGUGAUCGGCAAGUCGUCCGAUCCUACGGAUGUUACCUCCAACGCUGUGUGGAGGAGGAUGUGCUAUCUCGCUUCGCAAUCCGACAGCUGCAGUGAUUUCGAGGCUGCGGUAUAUGGGCUGCUUGGAGGCAGUGUGCACGCAAUGCGCAAAGUGUGCCGUACGCUGGACGAUCACCUGUAUGCGAAUUACUCAUCUUACUUGGUGCGGCAAUUCGACCGCUACCUGGUCAACAAUUAUCCUGACAGGACACCUUUUGCCCGACAAGGAGCCAUCGAGGAGGAACUACAGGACCCUGACCAAAUCAUUUACGAUUUGCUUCACCGGCUGCGGAAGGAGCCUGGGGUAGCAGACGAAGCAGUACUGCCUAUGAAGAUCAUUGAGAGUUACCUGAUUGCAAAUGAUGUUGGCAGUCUGGUGCAUACCAUGGGCUUCGCAAUCGCAUACGCUGAUAAGCAGCUGCACUCGAGCGAGCAGAUGAUCGUGCACCUGGAGCCUUUCUGGGAGGACAAGAGCUCCAAUCAACCAGAAAUGGAGGUCGCACUCGAUCCCCAGACUCUCCGAAUUGCAUCGCACAUGGGCAUCCUGCUUGAUACUUUGUCUCCGCAGCAGCUGGACUGGGAAGCGCUCUCGGCGAAAGAAAACACGAUCGUUGCCUACAUUCAGACUCUGCGUUCCGCGGGAAAGCGCGAUCUGAUUCCAGUGUACGCUUCACGGCUCUCGAAAGGCGCAUAUGUGGCUACUAUGAGCCGUGUCUUGCAAGACAUCGCCGAGGAAAAGGAACAACGAGGGACACUAAACCUUCUGGAGCAAUACGGAUUGGACGUCAUCUUUAUUCUCAACGAACAGCUUGGUUACAUGCUGGACCAACACUUGGCGAAUGACCUUGGCAAAAGAGAGAAGCCUCUGAAGAUGCUCGAAGCAUCGAAGGAGCCGCAUCACCCUAACCAACGCAUCAUCAAUGGCUUCGUGCCCGAAUACCAUACCGAGGAUGACCGCGCGAUCGCGGCAAGCUUAAGAUGGUUCAACAUUAUUGAUGGGCACUGGGAUAAAACAUUCGGCAAUCUUUCGCUGGCGUUGCGGAAAGCCUUGAUUGCUGGUCGCUUGGGAUGCGCAUUUCUCAUCGUUGCUGAGUUCCCGUACGAGAACCUUGCAAUCCGAAAAUCGUAUCAAGUCAUCGGCAAAUCCAUCAACCCUAUGGAUCUGGAACAUACGCCGCCAGCAGACGAAGCAACCACCUGGGAUCUGCUGAUCCGUCAAAGCAGGACUUACUACGAGCUGGAGCUACUCAUGAAUGCCAUACAAGCUCUAGCAAGCUGGAGGGCAGAAGAAGAAGCAUACACGCAGAAAAAGCCCAAAUUAUCAGGCGCAAGCCCUACUCUGAAAGCUAGCAAGGAAGCCGUGGAUGAAGCAAUGCUGCCUAUUCUUCAGGGCAAUCUGCUGCUCAGCCCCAUUGACGAGGCAGAAGAAGCAGAUCUGGCACUCAUCCGAAAGUGGUACAUCCCAGAGUUGAUCCUAGCGUACAAUGCUGUGCAUCACGCUGCCGGCUACAUGAUAUCGCGAGACAAUUUGAUCAAGAGCAUGGACUUGAGCGUGAUCGUGGCCGACGAUCGGUAUCACCUCGCUGAAGCAUUUGUCGCUGCGGGUCGUAUGCGUGAGCUUGUUGAGAGUUUUGCGUGCACAAGCCGUAGCAUGCUGGUUCUCAAGGCGGAAGGAAAGAAGUGGAACAAUAGAAAAGGGCGAGAGGGCAAGGACUUGGGGAUUUGGGAAGCACAGAGCACCGCUAGCAUAUCCCCUGAGCGUGAUCUAGCACUGUCGUAGUUCCGGCGAUAGUCCGUGAAGUAGACGAAGACCAGUAGUUUAGGGAAUGCCUGUGCGUUCAGAAUUCAAUGAAAAAGAGAGGAUUCGCGCAACCCA